GUCUUAUAAAGAGUCCUAAAGCCAAUUUCAAGGAGCUUCUGACCCCAAUUCAGAUAUACCUCGUCGUCAGUUAGUGCGGUCUUAGUCGGGACGGUCACGAAAGGCGAGCAAGGAAAUCCAACGGCCACGGGGCGGACACCAGGCUCAUAGAUCCGUUAGAGGCAGCAUUGGCCCAGGAGCUGCAGCUGUAGCUGUGUCCAAGGAAGUGCUAGCUGAGAAGGCAGCCUCCCAGACCAGCCCAGCUAGGCCUGUGUGGCAGGCCGUGGCACACAAGGCAGCGGGCCAAAGGCAGAGCGUCCGUGGCAUAGGAGCGCCCACAAAUGGCCAGGCUGCUCUUAGCAGCUUUGGCCCUGUGCUGCUGUCUAGGCCUUUCAGCAGGAGCAGGGCGCAGCUUGCUUCUCACAGACCAGGAAGCACAAGCACAAAUACAGGGAUUGGACCAGGCAGCGGGGUCUAUUUUUUCACAAGUUUCAGACGCGGUAGCCAGCAGCGGGGUGGUGCCAACUGCCAGCAACAGGUACAGCGAUGAUUUACAGCAAAAGAGCAUAGCCGCCAUCAACCAACAUGCCCCACUUUGGAAGUCAGACGUGGGAUACUUUAUUAGACCACAGCUAUCAUCAGCGCUCUACAACGCGGUGAACCACCUCGGGCCGGCCGACCCACACACCGGCGCGCCAGCCCCGGGCCCGGCCGCCGCCGCGCUGGCCGCGCAAUCGGCCGGCGGCCGGCGGCUGCUGCAGGCCGGCAGCAACGACUACAGCCUCAGCUACGCGCUCGCGCCGGCCCCCCAGCCGGCCGCGCCAGCGGCGGCCGAUGCCGCAUUCGCGCCAAUGAGCGCUGACUCACUAUCCGCGGCUGCGUCGCCGGACGCCGAUCUUUACACCUCGUACGCAAAGAAGAAGAAGAAGAAGCCGGCGGGUACGGCGGAGGCCGCGGCAGGUUCCAGUGCUGUUGGCGGCACUGUGACGUCGGUGAAUGGCGCGGCGACUAACGUGGCGCCAAAACAGCUCUCAGCUUCUGCUCCAGCGGCUGCAAGGUCGACAGCCACUGCUGACAGUGCGGCAAGCACCUCACUUGCGCAGGACCUGCAGCCUAAGAGCACCAGCUCAGACAACGGGGUCUCCCUGGACCCCAACCUGCCAAACGCGCUGCCGGGCCCGCUGCGGCUGGCAACGGAGCAGCAGUCAAAGACCGCCGGCUACCAGGCCCAGCCGACAACAGCAUACACUGCCACGGACGGCACAGCGUUCGCGGGGACACCUGUCGAUAAGCUUCCAGGACCCCUGCGCAUCGACGCGACGACCCCCUUUGACGGCCCCUCGGUGUCGGGCUCGGAGAUCUCGCUCAUCCUGGGCACGCGCAUCGCCACGCCCUUCUUCGGCACCGGCUUCAACUUCUGCGUGGACCGCUACUUUGGGAGUUUCCCCAAGGUGGGCAUCGUGAUCCCCAACCCGGCGCAGUGGCUGCUGCCGGAGCUGCAGGACAUCGGACGCACGCUGCAGACGACGCUGCAGCUGCCGCCCGACGCCACCAUCGGCCACGGCUUCACUCUGCAGCCCACCUCCGACGGCCUCCUCAUCAACCUCCCCGAUGGGGUGCAACCCAACAACAUCCCGGACGGCGGAGUGCGCUACGGAAUUCAGAUUGGUCAGGCCUUCGGCUACGACUUUGGCAUCGGCAUCAUCCGCGACAUCUGCUUCAUCACCUUCACCACUGUGUGA